AUGCUUCGUUUAUCAUUCAAGCAAUAAAAACGCUAAUCUUUCUAAUAGAAAAUGAAAAUCUGUGAAUUAUUAUUAGAGCGUGGUCUGAAAUUCUUUGAAUUAGGUAUAUAAUUAUGUACAAUAAUAAAUUAGAACAAUUUGGAAAUGCAAUAGAUUAAUUUGAGAUUUGUAUGUCCGUUUUUGCUGAUGCUAAAACUCCAAAGAAAUGGGAGGAAACUACCUAUGAAGAAUUAACACAAUAAAAAUAUCCUGAACAAUAAUAGAUAGAAAGUAUAUAAAUUAAUUUAAAGAAUUAAGGACUUCAUCUCAAAUUAUUUGAAAAGAUGGCAGAAUGCUAUUAUAGACUACAUGAAUAAGGUGCAUGUACAAAGAUGUGUGAUUAUUGGUUAUAAAUGAGUCCCUAAUGUAUAAAUGCUAUAAUUUUACGUGCAAAAGUAUGUAUCAGAAAUAGCAAUAGUCCCGUUUUUUAUCAGACAAUAUUACACAAAUUGAUUGUCAAAUGGCAUUUAAGGAUCUUAAAUUUGCAUAACAACUUGAUCCUCAUAAUACAGCAAUAGCAAAGUUUUAUGAGAAGGUGAAAGCAUAAUUAUUAGCAUAUAAAGAGUUGGAAUAUUAGAAUUAUACAGAUUUAUAAAGAAAGCAAUUAGAAUUAAUUAAUCAAUAUAGAAAGUAAGAGGAUGAUGAUGAUGAGGAUGCUCAAUAAGAUUUCAUGGCUCAUUUGGCUUAUUAAGAUUAUGAUUAAGAAUUAAGUUAUGAAUUGGACAACAAGAAACCAAUACCAAUUGAAGUAUCAGAAUUAGGAAGAUUCAUAGAGACAAGAGGGAUGGAGAUGGUGAAAAUAUAUUAAUAGAAUGGAUAAUUGAAAGAGGCAGAAGAUUUAAGAGAGAAAUUGAAAAAAGCAAUUGCAGCUAAGAAAUAAUUAGAAAAGAUAUCUUAAUUGGAUUUUAAUAGACCUAAGAAAGUAAGUAUUCAAUUAUUGAACAGUAGAAAUUAAAUGAAUUUGCAUAAAAAUAUGGUAUAAAUUUACUGGAUCCUCAAGUACAAAAUGAGUUUAAGAGAAUUCAAGAGUAGAAUUUAGAAGAUAUUAGAUAAUGGUUAAAACAAAACUAAUGGAAUUAUACUGAUAAGGCUACUUAGAUGUAAGAAUAAGAAUUGGCUAGACAAGAAUUGGCUAAAUUGUAAUUCAAGAGGAAAACUAUUCCUUAGAAAGUAAUAUUAUAUAAUUUAUAAUAAUAGCAUAAUAAGAAUAAAUUUAAUAAGAAAGUUUAACCAUUAAUUAACAAUACUUAGGUUAAUGGUUCAAUGCCAGUUACUAUAAAUAAUAACAUCACUUAUAAUUAGACAUUUAAUUAAUGCAAUAAUGUUAUAAAUAAUUCAAGUAUGAUAAGAAUUAUUAUUAAUUUUUAGCAAAUGAAUAAAGUGAUGAACAAUUAACAGAUUGCAAUUGCUUUAUUAAUUUAAUCAUACUACUAUUAGCCAUAUUUGCCAUAUUAGCAACCAUUUAUUAUUCAUUCAUUAAAUGA